AUGAGUGGAAUUAGUCCUCAGAUUGAUUCAGAUCCGUCUGAAGGGUCUUUUGAUGAAAGCAGGGAAGGAAUGGAUCUAGGGAGAGUAUCUGGAGAUAGGAAAGAGAUGGAAGUGGAUGUGCAAAAAAGGGAUAUAGGUGUACAGGUGAAGUUGGAUGAAAGGUCUUCAGAAACUGCCCAGACCAAGGAGUCUAAGAUGUCAGGUAUAGGAGAAAAUGAUCCCUCCACUUCGAGUACAGCUACUUGGAAAGGAGUGAAAUCUGAACGCAGGGACACCCUGCCAUUUGAUCCAGAAAUUGAACGCACUCUCAGAAGACUUAGAAAGCAAGCCACAGAAGCUUCAUCUGAAGCAACAAAAUUUUGCCAACAAGCCGCACCAAUGGCUGAACCUAAUCCACAACUUGUUGCCAAUAAUGGACAUGCUCUUCAUCUAAGCAAUAUGAAGAAGAGGAGCAAACGCAAAGAGGUAUCCAUGAGUGGAAAAGAACUUCAAGAUGCAAGAUAUGAAGAAGAAAGGCAACUUGCACCAUCUGAAACAUCCUCCGCGCAAAAUCCAAGGCAACCUGAAGCCUCUCCAUCACACUCUGAACCACCCACUGCGCAAAGAGCUGAUCCGAAAGUACAGAUUGAUAGCCAGACAGAACCAAAACUGAAAGAAACUGUCUGUAGCAUCCAGCAGAUAGUUUACAGUCAAGCACAGAACGAGGGAAACUCCCUCCAGAAGGAUGCGCAGAAGAGCCUUGCGCCAUCUGAAAUACCUUCAUGUGCAUCCUUACAGCCUCCCGCGCAAAGCAGCCUCCUUCCGCCUCCCUUUCAGUCCAGUCCUGCGCAAGGUAAACAAUCUGAAAUCCUUUCUGACAAGAUUCCAACACAAGCAAGCUCUUCUAGUCCUCCUUUGCAACACCCUCCUGAAUCUGAAGAAUGUAAGGAUGAUCUCCUUGAACAAAUCUUCCUUGCUCAAACUGACGAACCAUGGUACGCAGACAUGGUGUCAACAGACUGGAAACCUGAGCAAAAGGAAUCAAAUGCCACAGAACCCCAUCAUGGUCUGCGAGGUGUUUGA